UGAACAUGCCUUCGGUUAAUUUUGAUGCAUGUAUAUUUUUGUUGGUUUUUUGUUUAGUUUGUACAUGUAUAUAUGGAUAUGAAUGUAAUGACGGCAGAUAUGGACAGGAUUGUGAAUUAAGAUGUGGAGCCUGUCUGGGUAACAAAACAUGUCACCACAUCAACGGCUCAUGUCCUGAGGGAUGUGACGCUGGGUAUAGGGGGGACCUCUGUAAAACAGAAUGUAGCCCAUCAACCUAUGGAUUCAGUUGCUUAAACAAUUGCAGUUUGUCCUGUAUUAAUUUUACCUGUCAUCACAUUACUGGAGCUUGUACGAUUAUCGGGACUUCGCAGCGUUUCAGUGACCCUCCUCCUGACAGCACCCUGCCUUUCAUCAUUGGAGGAUUGGGAGCGGGUUACCUAUUGAUUGUGUUGGUUGUGAUUGGAUUUUUACUAAGGAUAUGGCAUGUGUUAUAUAAAUGA